GAUGGCCAGCCGUACACCUGGGAAGAGUUCGAGGACUACUACCAGGACUCGGCAUGGCGCGAGUGGCGUGCAGCAGCGGAAGCUGAACCCGAUGGAUUUCUUGAAGGCAAUGUGCUUCACACCUGCAAUUACGAGAAGUUGGGAUGUUUGCGCAUCAGCUACUUCAAGUCCUCUGCCACUCACGGCAGCUAUCUGGGCAGCCAGCGAUUGGGCAGAUCUCCUGUCAGAACGCUGCCUUGGAAAGCGCCUCCUUCCUGGAUGUGCAAAGCCACCGAUGUUGAUCUUUUUAGUGGGAAGGAGUAUCUUCAGAGCGCAGAGGAUCUUCUCCGUGAGGCCGAGCGCAGCAACCGGGCCAUGACCUGGUUAUGUCGGCUCUUAGGAGCGGUUGCAGCAGUGCUUGGGAUCUGGAUGUUCCUGAGCCCAAUUCAUAGCCUGGUGGAGAUCGUGGAAAACUUCUUCCACUGGUUCCGUGUUCUCCCGCUGCUGGGCGAUGCUUUGGGCUUCCUGGGCAGCGUGGUCAGCGGCGCCGUGGGCUGUGCGCUCUUAGCCUUGGCGUUGUCGUUGGGCCUGCCAUCGGCCAUGCUGGUGGUGAGCGUCUCUUGGUGCGUGAUGCGGCCCAUACUGGGAAUUCCGAUGCUUCUUUGCAGCUUGCAGCUUGUUCGGCUUGGCACUCGGCCUUCGGAAGCUGUUUCGUGCGGCGAAGGUCAAGACCAACUGACUCACCGAAGCAGCAAAAAGUCGAUUUCGCUGGAAGCUUGGAGGAUUAAGGCAAGAACACGAAUGACACUAAUGUCAACACCGGAUUGA